AUGUCUUUCAAGGCCCUCUUCGCCACCUCGGCCCUCCUCACCGCCCAGCUCGUCUCUGGCCACGCCGCCAUCACCAACGCCGUCGGUGACGCCGGCGGCCAGGGCAUGGCUCUGGGCAUCGACACUUCCACCCCCCGCGAUGGAACUCGCCGCAACCCCUUCCAGCAGGACGCCACGCGGUUCCGCGGCGCGUCGGCAAAGUCGGUGGGCGAGACGGUGGGCGCCGGCAGCAACAGCAUCGAGUCGGGCACCCAGGCCAUCAUGUCCGAGAUGGGCGGCACGCUCCCCCAGGUCACGCCCGGCGGCAACGUCCAGAUGACGCUGCACCAGGUCAACGGCGACGGCGCCGGCCCCUACACGUGCAUGAUCAACUCGGACGGCACCGGCCAGAGCUGGCAGAACAUCCAGGUCACCCAGAACGUCGACGGCAACCAGCGCGGCCGCAACAACGCCGGCAGCGCCUCCGACCACCCUCUGACCGCCGCCAUCCCGGCCAACCAGCAGUGUGACGGCCAGGUUGCCGGCCAGGACAACGUCUGCCUGGUCCGUUGCCAGAACCCGGCUCGCGCCGGCCCCUUUGGCGGCGUCGUCCCCGUCCAGAUGGCCGCCGGCGCCGGCGCGGGCAGCGGAGACGGCAGCGGCAACGGCAACGGCAACGGCAACGGCAACGGCACUGCUCCCAACGCCGCUGCUGGCACAAACGCUGGCACAAACGCUGGCACAAGCGCCGGCAAGACUGGAAGCACUGGAAGCACUGGAAGCACUGGCGCUGCUGCUGGCAACGCUGCCGGCGCCGGCAACGCCGCCAAGAAGGCUGGAAACGGCGGCGGCAGGGGCAACAAGAACAACAACAACAACAACAACGCCGACGACGAGGAGGAGAACGAAAACGACAAGCGCAGCAUGGAGGGCGGCGCCUUUGUCAAGCGCAUCGACGAAAAGACCCGUGCCGUCGAGUUCACCGCAUAA